ACAAUUUUCAUCACGGAAAACUCCAAGAAGAAUCUGGAGAAAUUGGACGUUAUAGCAGUCGGGCUGUGCGCAUUAUAGUGGACACCUUGUUAUCUUUUUAUAUAAAAGGUGUAGUCAGGAGCCCGACGAAUAGGGGAUAUCUUAAAAAUAUGAUUAACUUGCCGAUAUGGACCUUUUUAGUCCUAGCGGCUACCGUAUCCCAAGGACAAGCCAAGAAGAUGAUUGAAUGCGGUAGAGAAACAAUAGACGCCGAUUUAAACAUUUGUUGUCACGGUGUGGCCAGCCUUAAAUCGUUCGGAGAUAACACUAAAUGCUGUGGUGAAUACGCAUACAGUGAUCAAGUAGAAACAUGCUGUAAUGGCUUACUCAAUCCUGGAUUCGGAUUCAAAAACAGAGAUGGCGUUUGCUGUGGCAUGUUCAGUUACGAUAAACGCUGUUUUCUAUGUGAAAACGAACUUAUCAAACCUCGAUUUGACUUCCGGCACGAGAUAUGCUGCAACGGGAAAAUAAAUGAACUCAACGAUAAAAAAACCUGCUGUUGUGGAGAAAAAACUAUUGAUCCAGCAGUUGAUAUUUGUUGUGACGGAGAAGUGCAGAAAAGAGACAAACAAGUGGCUAAAGACUGCUGCAAUUGUGGGUUGACAAAGGUCGAUAUUGUAAUUGUGCUGGAUGCCUCCGAAAGUAUUCAAACUGAAAACUGGCCAAAAAUGUUGAAAUUCACAACAGAAAUUUUAAGCGAGGCUGAAAUAGACGAGGAUAAUGUGCGUGUUGGUCUGUUAACAUAUCGUCACAACACGACAGUAGAGUUUAAUCUAAAUGAAUACCACGACAAGAAGCGAAUGUUCGAAGCCAUUGACAGUACCAGAUACGUCCGAGGAAGUACCAACACUGGUUUAGCUCUUGAAAAAACGAGAACAGACAUGUUCACCAUUGCUAACGGAGACAGACCGGAAGUUGAUAACGUCUGCAUUGUCGUUACUGACGGUGAUUCCGACGACUAUGAUUUUACCGUUGAACAAGCACGACUUGCUCGCGAGGCUGGUAUUCACAUUUUUGCUAUUGGCAUUAACCUGAAGAAUUUGACUGAGUUGAACAAUAUUGCCACUCCACCCUCGGAACAAAAUGUUAUUAAUAUCACAUCUUUCGACAAUUUGAAGACGCUUAAAGGAAAGAUCUUCUCAUCUAUCUGUACAGGUGUUCCAAUUGAAAGGGAGUACGUGAAAUGCGGGAAGACAGAAUACUACAACCCGAAAAAAGAGAUUUGUUGCAACGGAAACCCGCAAGCAAUUAUCACUGGUGAAGAUACAAAAUGCUGCGACCAAACUGGUUACAACGAGAAAAACCAAGUUUGCUGCAAUGGAGUUGUCAAUGAAUUGCGUGGACCAAAAACCGUUUGCUGCGGUAAGACAUCGAUGAAUGAAGAUGAUGAACUUUGUUGUGGUGAAAGUCCAGUGCCACGUCCAUCAAAAGAUUACAACACUUGCUGUAAACAGUACGCAUACAAUCCAAAAACGGAGGUUUGUUGUGGAGGAUUUGUCAACAAAGCUUUUGGUAACCCAUCAGAAGACACUGGUUGCUGUGGACCCUACUCUUAUGAUAAAAGAUGCUUUGAAUGUGCCAAGAAGAACGUCAUUAAGCCUCUUUAUGACACCAACUGUCAGCUUUGUUGCGAUGGUGUCAUACAGAGUUUGACCAACGAAGACAGUUGUUGUUGUGGAAAGAAGGUCUUCUCACCCUCUGAUGGUGAAAUUUGUUGCGAUGACAAACUACGCAAACGAACUGGGGAUGAAAAAAGUCACGACUGUUGUGAAUGUGGACAAACACUUGUAGAUCUUGCCUUUGUCAUCGACUCAUCUGAAAGUGUCGGAACUAACAACUGGAAUUCGCUGAUAGAGUUCGUACAAAACAUAAUCCGUACGUCUGACGUGGACACGGGAAAUACUCGAGUAGCUGUAGAAGUUUACAGACACAAUGUUUCGAUGGAGUUUAAGUUUAACAACUACCUGAGGUCACAGAACAUGAUCGACCACGUGGGCAGAAUUGAUUACGUCCGCGGAAGCACAAAUACAGGAUUAGCGUUACAAGAGAUGAGAGAGAAGAUUUUUGUUCCAAAGGCUGGAGACAGACCGAACGUUCCUAAUAUGGCCAUUGUUAUUCUCGAUGGAACCUCUGACGAUCCAGAUGAGACUAAGAGACAAGCUGCUCUUGCGAAGGAGGCAGGAAUCCACAUUGCCGCCAUUGCUGUUGGUCUUAGUGUAAAUGACGAAUUAAAGAGUAUGGCAUCGGCACCGUGGGAGGACAAUGUGUUCACGCCAAACAACUUCGAAAACUUGAUGUCAUUGAACGAACAACUCUUCAGUAUCUUAAGUGACGUUUGCCCUCAGAGGCCUAUACCAAACCAAUGCAAAGAUCCAUGUGGUAAGAAAAUGUACGAUCCAAAAACGGAAGUAUGUUGCGAUGGUGAACCACAUCCUUUCCAUGGCGGCUCUGCCGAGAACACACGAUGCUGCGGUGAUGCAGCUUACAGUAUCAAGGACGAAUUUUGCUGUAACGGAGAAGUAAAUGUCAGACCUGGCAACAAGAAAACUGAACCAGAAUGUUGUGACGUCACAGCAUAUGACCCACGACAAUCUGUUUGUUGUGGAGGAACUCAAGUUAUUCCAAAGUCCAGUAAAGCAGCCGAUAAGUGCUGCGGAAUGUCAACAUAUGAUCCAGUUCAGGAACAAUGUUGUGAUGGUGUUAUUUACGAGAACUAUGGCGAAGACGGUAAAAGUGGUGCUUGCUGUAAUAUAGCGGAAAGUAACAGGACUGUCAGCUAUGACGUCAGAUGUUAUCAGUGCAAAAAAGGCGAACUGCAGCCUCUCUAUGACUGCGCCUUUGAGCGUUGCUGUGAUGGAGAAAUACAAAAGAUUGAUUAUCAAAACUCCUGUUGUUGCGGUAAAGUUGCCUUCAACAUUGACGAGUUUAUGUGCUGUGGUAACAAACUCAGUAAACGUAAACCAGAAGACGACGCUGGCUGUUGUGAAUGUGCAAGUAGCAUUGCUGAUAUUGUAGUCGUACUGGACUCAUCAGAAAGUGUUGGGUUAGAUAACUGGAGGAAGACGGAAAUGUUUUUGGAAGACUUGAUCGAUAGUUCCGUGUUACCAGACACACGAUUUGGUCUUUUGACAUACAAACAUAAUACGUCGAUAGAGUUCCAUUUGAAUAGAUAUUUUGACAAAGAUUCUUUGUUAGAGGCCGUAGAUAACCUGCCAUACGUAAGAGGAAGUACCAACACAGGGUUAGCUUUACAGGUUGUAAGAGAGGAUAUGUUGAUUCCUGUAAGGGGUGAUAGGCCGAUCGCACCGGACUUUGUGUUGUUGAUUACUGACGGACAGUCUGAUGAACCUAUUUACACCGUUGAACAAGCUGAUUUGCUUAAAGCACAAGGUGUUCAAAUUAUCGGACUUGGUGUUGGUCUCAAAGACGACAAAGAAUUGAACGCUGUUGUGAGCCCUCCAUCAGAACAAAAUGCCAUAAGUCUUAAAACAUUCACUGAGCUCGAUAAGAUUAAAAAGAGGAUAUUCAGCGAUCUUGCCAAGAGUGUAUGCCCACAAAGACCAAAGGAGAGAUGUGGCUUACCAUGCGGUGACACAGUGUAUGACCCACUAUCACAGGUAUGUUGUAACGAUAUGCCACAGCCAAUCAUGGGUGGUUCUGUUGAUAACACAGAAUGUUGCGACCAGAAGAGUUAUAAUAAGAGGACAGACGCUUGUUGUGGUGAGGAGUUUGUGUACAACAUGAAGAAUGAAAUGUGCUGCGCUGGAAAGGUCAAUACAAAACCAAGUGGCAAAGAUCCACAAUGUUGUGACGACGAAGCCUAUAACCCAGCUGAUGCUAUCUGUUGCUAUGGUGAGAAGGUUAUACAGAAGGCCAGUAAAACUUCAACCGAAUGUUGUGGAAUGGCAUCAUAUGAUCCCAUUAAGGAAUUGUGUUGUGAUGGGGCUAUAUACCAGAAUUACGGAGAUGAUGGUAAGGCAGGUGCUUGCUGCACAAUUAGAGAAUUAAAUAGGACCAUCAGCUACGAUACCCGAUGCUACAAUUGCCUGGAUCCACUUUAUGACUGCCGUUACCAGCGUUGUUGUGACGGCGUUAUCCAAGAAAUUUUCAGCGAUAAUUCCUGUUGCUGUGGAAAAAAAGCGUUUGAUCCCCUUGAUCAAAUUUGUUGCGACAAUAAAAUUAAAGACAGAAAACCAGGAGAUGAUAAAACAUGUUGUGAGUGUGCAAGUAACAUUAUUGAUAUUGUGAUUGUACUGGAUUCGUCCGAAAGUGUAGGAGACAAAAACUGGAGGAAAAUGGAGGUGUUUGUAGAAUCAAUGAUCAACAGUUCUAAAAUUCCGGAUGUAAGAUUUGGGCUACUGACCUACAGACAUAACACAACUUUGGAAUUUAAUUUAAAUAAAUAUUUCAACAAGGAUGACCUGUUUGCUGCCGUAGAUAAUCUACCUUACAUUAGAGGUAGCACAAAUACCGCUGGCGCCAUAAAAGCAAUGAGAGAGAUGUUCGUACCUAAAUCUGGUGAUAGACCUAUCGCACCUAACUUCUGCUUACUCAUUACCGAUGGCGAAUCAGACGAACCUGAUGCAACUAAGAAACAAGCAGAAAUUGCUAAGGCACAAGGCAUUACAAUCAUAGCUCUUGGUAUUGGUUUGAAAGACGCCUAUGAAUUAAAAGCUAUUGCAAGUCCACCUGUUGAAGAAAAUGCCAUAACAUUAAGCAACUUUGAGGAACUUGAAGCUAUUAAGAAUAGAAUAUUUAACGAUCUUGCAAAAAGUGUUUGUCCACAAAAACCAGAAGACAGAUGUGGCACGCCGUGUGGCAAUACAACAAUUGACGAACGCUACGAAAUCUGCUGUGAUGGUGUCCCUGGCAAAAAGAUGGCCGGUGACAAAACACUUUGCUGUGGAACAGUGGCAUAUGAUCCAAAUUGUUUCAUCUGUUGUGAGGAAGAUAAUCUCGUAUCAAAAUAUGCAGGCGACUUUACAGAAUGUUGCUGUAAAUGGGCAUACGACAAAAGAACACAUUUGUGUUGUGGUAACCAGAUCUUACCAUUGGUGGCAGGAAAAUUCACAAAAUGUUGCCACAAUGACACGUACGACUCGAGAACUGAGGUAUGCUGUGGCAUGAUGACUGUACAGCCGAGUUUUGGACCUGCCACAGAAUGCUGCAAUGGUGUAAGCUACGAUUCUAGAUGUGAUGAAUGUGAGAAAAAUAAAAUAUCACCUAAAUAUGACCCUGCUACACAACUUUGCUGUGACGGUAAGAUUCAGAGGAAAGAAUUUGAAGAGAGAUCAUGUUGUUGUGGAGCUAAGCAAUUUGAUGUUGACAAGGGUAUAUGUUGUGAAGAAAAAUAUUACGACCGCCCCAAUAACGAAGUAUCCUGUUGCGGUCCAAAUAUAUUUGAUCCCAAGAAAAGCAUUUGCUGUAAUGACAAAAUAAAUCCUAGGCUUAAUGGAUUUGAGACGAAAUGUUGCGGCGAAAAAUCUUAUAGCCCGAAGAAAAAUCAUUGUUGUGAUGAUAAAAUUAACAAGAAGAAACCUGGGCAAUCUUGCUGUUGUGGUACUCGAGUAUUUGACUUCACCAAACAGAUUUGUUGCGAUGGUAAGGUGAAUAAAAUGGCAAAGGCUGGACGACGAGACUCAUCGGUUUGCUGCGGGAAAAAAUCGUUUGAUCCAAACAAACAGUUGUGCUGCAAUGGUAAAGUCAACAAACUGAACAAAAAUGGUGCAAGUACAGCAUGCUGCGCGACCAAAGCUUACGAUCCAGCCAAGCAACUCUGUGAAAACGGAAAAGUUUCUACAAUCCAAAAAGAAUGCAACCGCAGAAGAUAUAACCCAAAUACACACACGUGUUGCAAUGGAUUUAUCAAUAAUGGAACAAUUAAGGAACCUUACGGUCGUUGUUGCUUUGGAGAUGCAUACGACGCCAGGGAGAAAGUAUGCUGUUGCAAUGGAAACCUAGAAGAUGCUGUCGCAGGUAUUUAUACUCAAUGUUGCUACAGUAAGGCAUAUGACUCUAGGCGUUACACAUGCUGCGAUGGACAAAUCGUUCCAAAGCCAUACCCAUCUGCCGAAUGCUGCUGCGAGAGACAAGCUUAUGACAGUAACAGAGAGAUUUGCUGUGGCGGAAAAGUCAAUCCAUGCGGGAGCGACAGAACGAAAUGUUGUGCAACCAAGGCUUACGAUCCUACGCUUGAAAUAUGUUGUGAUGGUAAAUUGCAUGACAGACGGUAUGGAGAAGAAACGUAUUGCUGUGGUACGGAGUCGUACACACCAGCUCUAGCUGCAUGCUGUGGUGACAGGAUUGCAUACACUAGGAAGAUUAAACUUGAAUGGUAAACGCCUCCUGGUGGACAUUCUUCACAUCAAACAAUGUCACUAAAUCAUUAUUUAUGUUGCACAUAUAUUCCAUAGUUGUUUUAAGGAAUAUUUAAUUAGUCAUAUUUUGUCUUAAUGUUGACUUAUUUACUCCAUUUUCAUAUAAUGAAAAUCGUUAAAAUAUUAUGGUUUCAUAUACGUAGAAACUGCUUUCCAAUUAGCUAUGUGUUUGAAAGUCACAAUGUUUCUAAGCGUUUCCAGAAUUUCUUUGAAUUUAAACGUCAAAUUGUCAAGUUCUUGUGUUCUUGAAGUCAUUUCUGAGUUAAAAGAACGUGAUAUUAGGGGGGAAAAAUGUUAUCUUUUAAAUUUUGGGCAAUUCAAUUUUUUAAGAUUAGUCCCCUUUCAAAAAGUAUUUCAUUUGCAAGUAAUGUUUUCUGGAAUUUUUAAUGGUUAAAAAUAUAGAAUUUAUUUUUCUUUUCUGUACUAAAAAUGACCAUAUUGACGCUUUAUUAACUCAUUUUACAUUCGUACUCUAUCAUUCUUAUUAGUGUAGUCUUUCACGUGCUGACCUAAAAGUAUUGUAAGAUGGAAGAGCUAGCUAAAUGCUCAACCGUGGGUAGUAAACCUGCAUUUAUUUACAUCCUUAUUUGAUUUCGUAAAAUAUUCUCAUCAAUAUUAAUGAAUUCUUUUGAUGGUUUACCAAAACACAUGUAUUCCCUGUCAAGGAAAAAUUUGUAUUGACUAAUUACUUUGUUUGAAAUUAUCCAUUAAACAUGUAUGUUUUAUUUUUUUGUUCUGAUUAUAAUUAAUAGUUUAUGAAUUGUUCAUUAGUAUUGUGAUGAGAUCUGCUAUGUGGAUUUGACUUUUUUUUCCUUAACAUAAAUCAUCAAAUGUUUUUUUUUUCUUAAAAUAAAUUUCAUUUUUCACAUGUUAUUAAUUUAUAUGUCAUUGUUAUUUUCAAUUUGCUCUUAAUUCACAUCAUGUUCAUGUUUCAGGGUACACACUAGGGCAACAUGCAAAGUUAUGUAUAUCAAAUCUGUAAUUGGAAAAGGCAUUAAACACUUUCAAAAUAUUGAUUUGUUACUGAUAUAUCUAAAAUGAUGAAAAUUGAUACAUAAUCGUGUAAUGCAGAUUGUUUCCGGGCUUGUUUACAAGACAAAGAGAAAACAAAUUGAUGCUGCGAAAAAAUCUAGAAUGGG